UGGGACGGUCUAAAAUAAACUUCACACUUCCUUAUUUCCUUUUUUGGCAAAGAAAUCUACAUCAAAACAGUACCAAACAGUGUCUCAACAGUGCCAAACAGUGUCAAACAAUGCCUCAACAGUGUACUCUACAGUAAAGUCAAAUUUCUUUCCUUAUUUUGUGUGAAGUCAAAUUUCUUUCCUUAAUGCAGGAGUAUUUAAAUAUACUGCGCAUUAGAAUUGAAAAUUUUAAGUGUUACUAGUAAUAAAUGUUUUGAUGGACAAGAAUAGGCAGGCAGCUCCACCAUGGUUGCCGUAUGAGUAUCUUCUUUCGCCCUUUGUUAUACGGAGUAAUAAACCAUGAUAAUGAUGAUGGCAACAAAGCUGUUGAUGCUCUCUCCUCCUCCAUAUCACGCUUCUGAUACUACCCACCAUCACCCAUGGCCGCCGCUAGGCCGAGUUCCUGCAUCUCAUCUGGCGACAACGAGAAGAACCCACAAGAAGAGCCUGAUUAGAGUAGUCAGUCUAUCAUCCCUUGAGCACCUCAUCAAUGCCGCACCUCCUCAUAUUGUUGACCUUCCCCAGCUGCAGAAUGACGGCCCCUGCUAUUUCUUCCUGCUCGCGGCGGCGGCGGCGGAGGAAGGCGGCGGGUACUCCUUGGCCAGUUACUACACCUCGUUGGGCCUCUUUGUCAUCUCUGUUCCGGGUGUCUGGUCUCUCAUUAAACGAUCGGUUAAAUCCAAGAUUGUGAAGAAGACGUUCGUGACAGGGGAGGAGGGGAAGAAGGCCGCGAAGAGAGUGGCCGGGGAGAUUCAGGCGUUCUUCACUCGCAACAAUUUUGUGGUGUUGAACAGAGGCGAGACCAUCACGUUUGAGGGAAUGAUGAGUCCAAGUCGGGGACAAACGGCACUGCUGACAUUCUGCACGUGCAUAAGCUUAGCCAGUGUUUCCCUGGUUCUCACCAUAGCCCUUCCCAGCGUAGGAAAUAAUUGGUUUUGGCUCACUUCUCUCGGUCCAUUAGCGGGGGUAUACUACUGGACUCGAGCAACGAGGAAAGAGGAGAUGAAGGUGAGAAUGACGGUUGAUGAUGAUGAUGAAACACUGUCUGAGCUAAUUGUUGAGGGAGAUGAUGUACUGGUUGAGCAAAUAAGGAAGGAACUGGGUUUGUCUGAGAAAGGCAUGGUUUACGUUAAAGGCUUGUUUGAGAGAUGAUUCUUUUUUCUUUCUUUAAUUUCUUUUCUUCUAUUGUUACUCAUUUUCCACUAAAUGCACAUCAUCACAUGUAUGCGUAGUGCAUGUAACUAAUUAAAGCAGGCAUGGAGUCUGUUUGGGAGAGUAAAUUUUACUGAAAUGUGCAUAACAGGACAUGAUUUGUUAAAUUUAUGAAAUUAUUCCAUUUGUUCUUGUUCAGCCACUUUGAUAUCCCAAAAAAAAAAUAUGCACUACUUUU